ACAGCAGCGAAGAAUGGAGCAGAAAAGAUCUCGGAAUCGACUCGAUUCUGAGGACGAAGAAGAAGAAUAUUUGAUCAGUAGAAGUAGCCUCAGGGACCAAAAAAGGAUCAAAUAUGAUGGAGAUGACGGGGAUAAGAAGAAAAGAGAAGAGGAGGAGGAAGAUCAGGAAGACAAUGAGCAGCCAAGCACAUCCAAACACUACAAGAUAACACAACAACAUAGAACCUGGAAUGUAACCUGUGGAAACAAAACGGGAAUCCUCUACGACGCAGAGAAGAUGAUGAGGGGUGAGGAGUGUAUCAAGAGUGAGGGCCGCCGGUUCAAUCCCAUAGAAUUUGAGAUCUUUGGGGGAAAAGGAAAGAAUAGAAAAUGGAAACACAGUAUUCAACAUAAAGGAAAGCUUCUGCAGUCUUGGAUUGAUGAAGGUUACUUUACCAACAAUACAUCUAAAAGGAGAGCGACUGUAAGGAAAUGUAAGAUCCCGUCCCCCGAUCUCACAUCAGAGAGCAUGUCUGAAGAAUCAGAUAUGGAGUCUGCAGAAGAAACAGAGGAAGAUGAUGGUGAAGAUGGGGAUCUUCUCAUUGAUAAAGAUUUGGCAAUAGAGACAGGAGAGGGAGAAAGUGGCUCCCCUCCGCUGUUAAUCACACACAUAACUGGAAACACCAGAGACGCUGCCUCAAACACAGCAUACAUUCAGGAAGUUAAGGAAGAGACUCUAGACACAGCGUGUCCUCAGAGGAAGCUGGAUGACGGUUGUCAUGACGAAACAGAGGCAACAACAUCUGGUCAUGAUGCUGCACAAUUACAAGUGAUGGAGACAGAAACAAGGGUUCCCCAAGCCUCAAAGAGCACUCCAGUCUCCACUUCCUGUAAUCUGGAUACAAUGGACCUUGAGCAGCUGAAGAGAGAGAAAAUCAAAAUGAAACUAAAGAUCAUGAAGUUGCAAGAGGAGUACUACACUCUGAAAAUAAGGGAAAUUAAAAAGUGAAAUAGUUUUGCAUAAAAACAUGGUGAGCCUAAAUGUUAUCGAUGACCGGUUGGACAAAAGGACAAUGCAAUCACAGAGGGUGUAAACCUGUAUCACCGAAAAUGACAAAAGUAGUUUGACACUGAUAGCGAAAGACAACCAAACCUCAUUUUUGUUGGUGAGAGAAAAUGAUUGUACUGUACAAGACAAAGACAUUAUCUAAAAUGUGCAUCAGAAGUUUACGAGGUACCAGCUGGGUUUGUUUCCUAUGGCAUCAAAUGCCUUCCUUCAGGUUAUAUAAAGUAACAUAACCUUUUUCAGCCUCAAACCAUUCCCUUUUCCUUAACUUUUAUUCUAAAUCCUAACGUUAAAACAUAUGUUUACUGCGACUGUAGCAUCACAGUUUGACUUGAAGUGACGCCAUGUAUUUAGGUUGGGAAUGAGGAAUACGUACGGGUUUGAAAUAGCUUAAAAUCAGUUUCAACUAAAGAAGGAGGACUUCAUGUAAAUCUGGUGCAAAAUGUACCUACUUUGAAUUGCCUUGUGUUGAAAGGUGCUAUGUAAAUAAACUUGCCUUGCCUUGCCUUGCCUUAAAACCUAUCUACCAGUCUAUAUGACCUCAAAGCAAAAAAAGAAACUCACUGCAGCAUCCUAAAGCAAUAAAAAAGUGUGAUCAUAUAAUUAUUAGUCCAAAUAACCAGGUGUAGCUGAGUUAAAACAACAAAUGAUCCAACAAUGUGUUCCCUUAAUAUUCUACAUGUUUUCAGGAAUUAUAAUGUUGCAACAGCGCAUCUCGUUAAAGUGUUUGUUUUUAAUAAUAAUAUUAAGAAUUGAGAUGGCUUUUAAUUGUAAUUUGUUUUAAACGUCCUUUAUUAAAUAUGUAGGUUGUCUGUAGCAGUGCCUAAAUGAGAUGACAGAAUACAGGUGAUUAAUUUAAAAUAUAUUGUAUAACUUACAAUGGUUUACGGUAAUUUAUCAACGUAUUAUCUAAUAUAUGUCUAUUUUUACACCUUUCUGUAUGCAUUUAUGUAGAGGAACCAUCCAGAAAUGUAGCAAUAUCGAAAUAUUUUGGGAUUUCUUGUAAUUGUAUUUUGCUGAUUUUACAUAUAUUAGUAAAGACCUAGUUAAACUUUCUUUCAGCUUUAAGAGAGGAAAUGUAUACAUAUAUUGACAUUUAACUCAAAUGAAAUGUGUGUGUAACCUUUUCAUAGUGUGUGUAUGAUAAUAUCCUUGUUCUUAGUUUGAAUCUUGAAGAUGUUUGUUAUUUAAACUGAUUAUAUAUUAGCAGGAGGUAAACAAGUGAAUAGAAAACUGCGAUCUGGUGACUAAAAGGCACAAAUACAGAGUCUUUAUUUCAGGGUACCAUAUUUAUUCUCAAAAACAAUAUUUAUUACCAGCCAUGUUUGCAUUUGUGUGUAAGAUUAACAAAUAGAAAGCAUACCA